GCGUUCUGGGUCUCCACUUAGAGAGAGAGAGAGAGAGAGAGAGAGAGAGAGAGGCAGGGUGUGUAAGAGUGAGAGAGGACAGAAGCAAAAGAUUUGAGAAAGACUAGUUUACUAGAGGGAGAAGUGUGAGCAAGAGGAGUAAAGGUUACAAAGAAAAAUAGGAAUACAGAAAGGGAGAGAGGGACAGAAACAAGUCAUAGCAGCUGCUUCAGACCAUCAGAGGACUGAGCCAAAGGAAACAGGAGAGAGUUUCUGCGCCAUGGGCAAAUCAGCUUCUAAGCAGUUUUCGGGGGAGGUGUUGCGUAGUCAUAACGAGUAUCGUAGGAAGCACCAGGCGCCCCCUCUGAAGCUGAGCAGCAAGCUGAGUAGAGAUGCCACUAGGUAUGCUGAGUCUCUGGCCAGCACACGGAUCCUGAAGCACAGUGUUGAGUCCAGUAAGGGGAGCUGUGGCGAGAACCUGGCCUGGGCCUCCUAUGACCAACCAGGGAAGGAUGUGGCCGACCGCUGGUAUGACGAGGUAAAACAAUACAACUUCAACCGCCCCGGCUUCUCCUCUGGCACAGGUCAUUUCACAGCAAUGGUGUGGAAGGGCAGUAAGAAGCUGGGUGUGGGGAAGGCCAGUGCGCCAGAUGGCUCGUCAUUCGUGGUAGCCAGGUACUUUCCAGCAGGGAACAUCACCAACCAGGGACACUUUGACAACAACGUCCUGCCGCCCAAGGACUGAGGAACAUACUGACCCAUCACUCUCAUCCCCCAGGAGCUGACCAUUCAAAAGACAUUUGCACUUUGACUUGACUUUAUAUACAGUGGCAAGAAAAAGUAUGUGAACCCUUUGGAAUUACCUGGAUUUGUGCAUAAACUUGUCAUCAAAUUUGAUCUGAUCUUCAUCUAAGUCACAACAACAGACAAACAUAGUGUGGUAAACGAAUAACACACAAAGAAUUGUAUUUUUCUUGUCUAUAUUGAUCAUCAUUCAAAUCAUUUAAACAUUCACAGUGUAAGUUGGAAAAAGUAUGUGAACCUCUAGGCUAAUGACUUCUCCAAAAGAUCAUUGGUGUCAGUAGUCAGCUAACCUGGAGUCCAAUCAAUGAGACGAGAUUGGAGAUGCUGGUUAGAGCUGCCUUGCCCUAUUAAAAACACACUCAAAUUUGAGUUUGCUUCUCACAAGAAGCAUUGCCUGAUGUGAACCAUGCCUUGAACAAAAGAGAUUAAGAAUUGUUGACUUGCAUAAAGCUGUAAAGGGUUACAAAAGUAUCUCUAAAAUCCUUGAUGUUCAUCAGUCCACAGUAAGACAAAUUGUCUAUAAAUGGAGAAAGUUCAGCACUGUUGCUACUCUCCCUAGGAGUGGUCGUUCUGCAAAGAUGACUGCAAGAGCACAGCACAGAAUGCUCAACGAGGUUAAGAAGAAUCCUAGUGUCAACUAAAGACAUAUAUAAAUCUCUGUAACAUAAUAACAUCUCUGUUACCAAGUCUACGAUAGUAAAACACUAAACAAGAAUGGUAUUAAUUGGAGAACACCACAGAAGAAGCCACUGCUGUCCAGAAAAACAUUGCUGCACAUCUGAAGUUUGCAAAAGUGCACCUGGAUGUUCCAAAAUGUUCUGUGGACAGAUGAAACUACUGUUGAGUUGUUUGGAAGAAGGACACAACACUAUGUGUGGAGAAAAAAAGGCACAGUACACCAACAUCAAAACGUCAUCCCAACUGUAAUGUAUGUUGGAGGGAGCAUCAUGGUUUGGGGCUGCUUUGCUGCCUCAGGGCCUGGACAGCUUGCUAUCACCGACGUAAAAAUGAAGUCCUAAGUUUAUCAAGACAUUUUGCAGGAGAAUGUUAGGCUAUCUGUCCACCAAUUGAAGCUCAACAGAAGUUGGGUGAUGCAACAGGACAACGACCCAAAACACAGAUGUAAAUCAACAACAGAAUGGAUUCAACAGAAGAAAAUACGCCUUCUGGAGUGGCCCAGUCAGAGUCCUGACCUCAACCCGAUUGAGAUGCUGUGGCAUGACCUCGAGAACAGUUCACACCAGACAUCCCAAGAAUAUUGUUGAAGUGAAACAGUUUUGUAAAGAGGAAUGGUCCAAAUUUCCUCCUUACCGUUGUGCAGGUCUGAUCCGCAACUACAGAAAACAUUUGGUUGAGGUUAUUGCUGUCAAAGAAGGGUCAACCAGUUAUUAAAUCCAAGGGUUCUCAUACUUUUUGCACCCUGCACUGUGAAUGUUCACACAGUGUGUUCAAUAAAGACAUGAAAACGUAUAAUUGUUUGUGUGUUAUUAGUUUAAGCAGACUUUGUCUAUUGUUGUGACCUAGAUGAAGAUCAGAUCAAAUUGUAUGACCAAUUUAUGCAGAAAUCCAGGUAUUUCAAAAGGGUUCACAUACUUUUUCUUGCCACUGUGUGUGUGUGUGUGUGUGUGUGUGUGUGUGUGUGUGUGUGUGUGUGUGUGUGUGUGUGUGUGUGUGUGUGUGUGUGUGUGUGUGUGUGUGUGUGUGUGUGUGUGUGUGUGUGUGUGUGUGUGUGUGUGUGUGUGUGACAAAACCACUGUGACGAACAAAUGCAUAAAAUGUAUAUUAUCAUGCACACCAUUGACCAAACCCAGACCAUGGCAGCUGUGCCUUCUGGAGGUGUACCGGCCACCCAACUGCAUUUCGGCCUACUCAUUCCAUCGUUAGUGGGGAUAGAGAUUCACCUGUGGUGUUGCUACAGUAAUCUACUCACUUAGACAUUUCCUGAAUGCUUAAACCUUUGGUGACUGGAUUGUAUUUGUAAGGAAACAGUUGAGUUGAGAGGGCAUAUACAAACAAUUAGAUUCUAAUGCUGUAGGAUACAUAGUAAAAUCAUUUCUGUUGAAUAUAUAUAUAUAUAUGUAUGUAUGUAUGUAUGUAUGUAUGUAUGUAUGUAUGUAUGUAUGUAUGUAUGUAUAUAUAUAUAUAUAUACACAUACACAUACACAUACACAUACACAGUACCAGUCAAAAGUUGACACACCUACUCAUUCAAGGGUUUUUAUUUAUUUGUACUUUUUUUUACUAUUAACUAUGAAAUAACACAUACAGAAUCAUGUAGUAACCAAGAAAGUGAUAAUUAAACAAAUCAAAAUACA